AUGAACUUCAGAGAAAAGCGACUUGUUUUUGAGGCGCUUGGUAAUUUCACUUUGCCGGUGGAAAAUGAGUUGAACUUUGUUGAAAAGGCGUGGGCCGGAUGGUUUAGCUAUUUCGACAACGAAGUUGUCGCUACCGCUUUAAUCUCCUUUAUUAUGCACGAAGUUACAUACUUUGGUCGUUGUGUGCCGUUUUGGAUUGCCGAUUUCAUACCUGCAUUUAAAAAAUACAAACUUCAACCCGUAAGUAUCAGAGCAAUGGAAAUGUAUGAGAUCAGUUUUAGCGGCGCAUUUUCUAAUCGAGCUGCCCCUCAUUUUCACAUUCCAUCCGAUUGCUACUUUGUUUGGUCUGGACAUAACCACUGUGCCGUUCCCCAGUUGGAAAGUAAUAGCAUACCAG